CUGAUAACAGUUCAAAUAAGAUGAGGACUGAGAAUUGAACACUGGAAUCAUCCUGUAGAUAAAUUGUCAACAGCUCUUUGCUAAAGUAGACAGGAGCUGAGUCAUGGAAGAUUUGAACACCAUGGUGAAGGGAGGCUCUAUUCUGAAAACCAUGGGGAACCCCUGAAAGGUUUUAAACAGGUGGAGAGUUGCACAGAUCUUCAUUUUAGAAAUUUCACUAUAGUAUCUUUGUCAUGUUAGUUCAAGGAAGAGAUACUGAAGAGCAGUAACUGGAGUGACUAAGUGGAUUCCCAAAAUGUUUAGGCAUUAAGUCAGCAGGACCUAAUGAUUGGUCUGUUGUGGGCAGUAAGUUGGAGCAGUGAUCUUAGGUUUCCAGGGCAGGUGAAAAGAGAGACGGUCGUAUCACCAAUUAAGAUAGUGAAUGCAGGAGCAAGGGACAAGAUGACAUCAGUUUUGCCCACGGUGAAUUGAAGAUUCCUGUAGGUUAUUCAGAUGUUCUAAAUGGCUGUUUAUGUGUGAGAUGUUAAAGAUACACCUGGGGUAGAGACUCAGAUUUGUUGAGUGGGUUGUGGAUAGAAUCUAAGCAAAUGUCAGUAUUUUAAAGUGAUGUGUAAAAGGAAAGCCCACUAAGGGAGAAUGGUUUCAGAGGAAUAAGAACUCAAAGAGGUGACAUGGGAGUCAAGAAGUAGAAAAGUAGGAAAAAGCCAAUAGCAAGUAAGUCAUGGGGGUCCAGUAGCAUAAGGAUUGAAAAAUGUUUGUUAAAUUUAGUAAUUCUGAAAUCAUUGAUGAUCUUGGCAAAAGCAGUCCACAUAGAGAGAUGAAGAAAUGUUUGAGAUAUUAAUGAAAUAUUGAAAUAUUAACUGAAAAUGAAUGCCAGGAGACAGGAAAAUUAUAAGAGCUGUUAAGUAUGGAUUGGGGGAGAAUCCAGGGUGACUGAAAUCAUGGGAAAUGUGCCCAAUUCCAAGGUUACAGAUGAUGGGGACUGAAAAAGUGACCCUUGAUUUCAUAACCCAUGAACUCAAGACCUUAUUUGGUUCAGUAGAGUAAAUGAAGUGAUUUGAGAUAUGUUGCUGAUAGUAAUUAUAUUAAUUAUAAAGAACAAGUUAUUUAGUUGUUAUUUUUAGUUGUAUAUUUACUGUAAAAGAAACUGACCAAUUUAGAAGUUUCAAAGUAAGCUACUUUUACACUAAUAAAGUAACUGAUAGACUUAUGAAUAAGUAGCCUAUAUAGAUCCAAGGUUAAAAAGAGAAUGUGGAUGCUAACAGACUGAUCAUAAAAGUCUAAUCAGCAAAGACUCCUGCCAAAAUCAUUUUCCAAGUCCACAGAGACUUUGAAUAAAGCUGUAUCUCCUGUAAGAACACCACAACAUCAACAGACUCUCAGGGACCUACCAGCUUAUUUUUUCCUUUAAGUCACUUAUCAGUUCUCUUUUCUACAUCUUCAUUUGGAAACAAGGAAAUUAGAUUAGAUUAAUUAUCUUGGGUUUUUUUCACUUAAAUUUUUGUUCAUUCUGAUUGCAUUAUGUUUACGUAAGAGAAAAUGCGUUAAAAAGUGAUGUACCAGAAUUGGGUUUUUUUUUUUUCUUUUUCCUUUUCUUCUCCACAGGGUUCUUCAGAGAAUUGUUUUUCUCUGACACUUUGUUUUAAACUUUCCUUCCCAGUAUUUUUCUUUUUAAAAAAUUAAUUUUUAUUUAUUUUUGACUGUGCUGGGUCUUCAUUGCCACAUGGGCUUUUCUCUAGUUUCAGCAAGCAGGGGCUACUCUCUAGUUGCACUGCACAAGCUUCUCAUUGUGGCAGCUUCUCUCGUUGCAGAGCACAGGCUCUAGAGCUCGUGGGCUUCAGAAGUUAUAGCACGUGGGCUCAGCAGUUGUGGCUCCUGGGCUCUAGGGCACAGGCUCAAUAAUUGUGGUGCUCAGGCUUAGCUGCUCCAUAGCAUGUGGAUCCUCUCAGACCAGGGAUCGAGUCUGUGUCUUCUGCAUUGGUAGAUGGAUUCUUCACCACUUAGCCACCAGAGAAGCACCCCCAAUGUUUUUCACGGCAACACUCUAAGUUUAAAUUUGACAGUAGAUUCCAGAUUUUUGUUACAUGUUAAGGAGUGAUGAGGAAGAUAAGGAAUUAUAACAGCCAGUACACAGGCUCUUUUUGAGAAGCAUUAUAGGGAGAAAUAGAAAAUGGGAAUUUCUGUGGGGAGCAGAUGAAAGGAAGGGGUGUGUAUGUUUUAAGAGAAGAUAACUUAGAGACUUCCCUGGUAGUCCAGUGGCUAAGGCUCCAUGCUCCUAAUGCAGGGGACCCAAGUUCAAUCCCUGGUCAGGGAACUAGAUCCCACAUGCAGCAAGUAAGACUCAGCACAACCAAAUAAAUAAAUAAAUAUUAUUUAAAAAGAGAGAGGCAAGAUAACUUAGAUAUGUUGAUAAGAUGAUGAGGAAAGGAGCUAGUGGAGGAGGAGAGAUUGAAGGUAUGAGAGGGAAAGGGAGCUAUUUAGUGGGAAAAGAUCAAGGGAAUGGAUGUGGGAAGUGAUGGUAUUAGGUAUACAAGUGAGGAAAUUAAUUAAACAAAACAGAAAGGGAUACCUAGUUCUCUAAAAUGAAAAGAGAAGUCGACAUCCGUACAUUUUAGUCUGCCUCUUUUAGAUGUAUGUGUGUGUAUAAAGAAAAAACCCAUUUAUUUUGUCAUUUAGAAUUGAUCAUUUUUACAACUUAAACUUGUUCAAUAAUCACUGAAGAGAUCAUGUUUUUUUUUUUUUCCUCUAGGCACUAGUUGUGACAUCUAUGACCCUUUUCAUCCUAGCACAAGCGCCAGAGCCGUACAUUGUUGUCACUGGAUUUGAAGCCACUGCUACUUUAUUUUUCAUAGUUUUAUAUAUAUUCAGACUUGAUCAAUUAAUUAGCUGUUUAUUUUGGCCUUUACUUGAUAUUAUCAACUCAGUGGUAACAGCACUAUUCCUGAUAGUUGUAUCUGUGUUGGCACUGAUCCCAGAAACCACAACAUACACAGUCCUUGGAGGGGUGUUUGGACUCGCGGCCUCAGUGUUCUCUAUUGCUGAUGGGGCACUUAUUUACCGGAAGCUGCUGUUUAAUCCAAGUGGUCCUUAUCAGAAAACUGAUGCUCAUGACAAACUAUGAGUUUUGUAAAUUUAUAUCCUUUUUAGUCGAUGCUAAGUAUUAAACAUAUCUCUUUUUCUAACA